AUGUCUGAGUCCACCAAUAAUGGCCCGGACCUUGAUUUCAAGGUGCCAUUAGCUAGGGAGUUUGUCGAUAUCAAUAAUAUGCCCUCUCCAGAAGAUAUUGCUCAGACUCCUUCUAUUGAUUCGGUCACGGACUCGGAAUCAGCCGACAGCAGAGGAGCCAGCUUGCCGCGCAACCAGCCGCUAGGUGGCCCACUACAUAUGAAGAAACUCAGAGAACCAGGAAGCACUCCCACGGAGCACAAUGACAGGAUUGCUUCGGAUGUACGUAUCGAUGAUAGACGGAAUCUUUCCCUGAACAUUGAGCCCGUGCAAAGAAUCGUUUCGGUGCCUCUGCGACCGCCAGAGCUGCAGCAGACAGCGUACAACCUUCAGAGCACCGAUUCGAUAAACGAGGAGAUGGAAUAUGGUAAAGAUGUGAUUGCUACGUUUUGCACGCUUGAAACGGCAACUCAUGUAAAACAGCACUGGCAUUGCACGAAAGAGAUCGGCCGCGGCACAUUCAGCACAGUCUACAUUGAUCGAUCGCAGACGGUAGCGGUCAAAGUUUCCACCAUUCCUUCGCAUGAUCUGGACACCAGGCUUCGGAUCCAAAGCUCGUUGGUGCGAGAAUUAUCGCUCUUGCAAUCUAUCAAUCACCCAAACAUCGUCAAGCUUCUGGGCUCAAACUCGAGAUUAGACAAAAACCAAGUGGUCAUGGCAAUGCCGUACUAUUCCGGAGGAGAUCUGUUCACACUACUAGUUACUCUGGGACAGGAUUUUAAUUAUUACCACAAAAAAUUGGUUUUCAGAAAUAUUGUGAGCGCUGUCAAGUGUCUUCAUGACAUGAACAUCUGCCAUAGGGACAUCAAGCUCGAAAACAUAUUGCUCGCUCCAACUCCGGACGAGUUUAGAAACACAUCAGCUGUUGAACUGGACAUCAAAUAUGAGCAUUCAGUAGCCGACUGGCCUACGAUGGCAAGCAGAACGAUUGUUGGUCUUUGGGAGUGCUAUUAUACGCAAUGCUGGAAAACAGACUGCCUUUUGAUCCGCUUCCCAACAGCACUGGACGGGGCAGACGCUCAGCAAAACCCGCCCAUCGUAUAG